CCAACAUUCAAAACCAUAGAAAAACUGAAACUUCAAAACACAAAUUUGACUCAAGCUCGAGAUGAAUGAAUGUAAACAAAUAGCCAAGUAAGGAUUAAAAAAAUUAUUUAUUCUUCAAUGGAUUGAUAAUGAAUAAUUUGAAAAGCGUAUCGGUGCAAGUAGUAAACAGCGAUUUAGCUUUGCUGUUACCUAAUGGUGUUUACGAAAUCAAGCAAAUGGAAAGCAAGUCCUCCAGAUUAAAGCAGAUAUGCCUUUUUUGCUUGGCAUUGUGUAUUUUUGGUAUAUUAGGAUUUGGUUACUUUUGUCCAGAUAAGGUGUGUGCCCUAAGUUCUAGAGAAACAGUUUAUAUUGAAGACAGCAUAGGAAAACCAUUAGCUCAAUCUAGGACUAAAGUAGGUUUGAGCUACGAUGACAUGUUAAAUGAUGAUUUUACAUUUGAUAUGGACUCGCAUGAUGUUAUAGUAUUUUUACAUAUGCAGAAGACAGGUGGUACGUCGUUUGGUAAACAUUUGGUGCACGAUCUUGACCUGAAACGUCCGUGCACUUGUCCGAUCAGUCGCAAAAGGUGCUACUGUUUUCGUCCUCACUCAAAUCAGAGUUGGCUGUUCAGCCGAUACACGACUGGCUGGAAAUGUGGCCUGCACGCCGAUUGGACAGAGCUCACCAGUUGCGUCGACGAGAAAUUAGAUGAAUUGGAAAACAUUGUCAAGAGGCGGUACUUUUAUAUCACGCUUUUGAGGGAACCUUCUGCCAGAUAUUUGUCGGAGUUUCGGCACGUACAAAGAGGUGCUACUUGGAAAGGUUCGAGGCAUUUCUGUAAUGGACGGCUGGCUACAGAUAAAGAAAUUCCUCCUUGUUAUAAAGGAGACAAUUGGGAAGGGGUGAAUUUGGAUGAAUUCAUUAAAUGCCACAGCAAUUUAGCCGUUAACAGACAAACAAGAAUGCUGGCAGAUCUUGAACUUGUCGGUUGUUAUAAUAAAUCAUACAUGGCUAAAGCUGAAAGGGAUCGAAUCUUGUUAGCCAGCGCUAAGAAAAACCUUCUGUCGAUGGCGUUUUUUGGACUAACGGAACACCAGAAGAUAUCGCAGUAUAUUUUCGAAGAGACUUUCAAUCUUAGGUUUGCUAUUCCGUUUGAACAAAACAACGCCACUGUCUCCAGUUACACUUUGAGUACGCUAUCAUCUAAACAAUCGGAAGCCAUUUCUAAAUUGAACAAUUUAGACAUUGAAUUGUAUAAUUUCGCCAAGAAAAUUUUAUUUCAACGUUUCGAACAUUUGAAAAGCAGGGACGCGGAUUUUGAACAGAGGUUUAAGAAUUUAGGUGUGGUGAGCGGAAAGCAGAGCCCCACAGAAUUCGAUUGGGACAAGUUGGAAGAUCCUACGGAAUCCCCAUAAUGUCCCAAAGGCAGCUCAAACAAAGUCUGAUAUUAGAAGUGCCAUGUUUCCUUUAUUUUUUUUGUAUGAGAGAAUGAAUUUUUAGGAAAUAGUAUUAAGCAGGCAUCUAAAAGCGUUUGAAUACUAAUUGGAAGAGUAAUUUUUGGUUUGUCAAUUCAGUAGGAUCAUUGCAUCUUCAUACAUUAGAAAAACAGAUCUCAGAACUAUCUUUUUUAUGGAGUUCUAACAUUAAGUUUUGAAAAUUAAUUAAAUUGAAUGUCAUACCGGUGUACUGUAGCAAAUCAAAGGUGAUUAGUAGCUUUUUAGCGAGAACUGACCUUUUAUCGUUCAUUUAGCAAUUUGCAUAAAGAAUCGCUUGUUUUAUAAAACUGUACCAAAGACUUAGUAGUUAAUUUUUUUAUUUGUGCAAUUAGAUUAAUUUUUAGAUACGAAAAUCUGCUAAAAAGUAUUGUAAAAAGGCACCAUCUAACUUUAAAUUAUACAUAGUGUUUCACAAUUCAACAGACUAAGCAGAAACAUUAUUUCGUAGAAGAAUUAAACUGUAGGUGAGGACCAGUGUAAAACCGUACUUAUGAUUUAUUUAAUGAUUAUUUAAGGUGCAUAAUUACGUGAACAAUAUUCAAAUAUCUCUAGUUUUCAAAAUAUUUAACUUGGAGUAACAAAAAUUUCACAUAUUCGUCUCUUGAAUUCUUGAAAUAACUUGUAUAAUGAGAAUUAUCCACCUUUAUUCAAUUGCAGAUAUUAUAUUGUUAAUAUUAGGGGACCAUUCGAUUGUUAAUUUACCCGAAAUUUGACAACAUAUUGUUUUUUAAGAACGCCUUUUACUGCAACUUUUUUAUUUAAUUAUAUCAAAAAAAAAAUUAAAACAGGGUUGUUAAAUUUUUUUAAAGUAAAGGACAAUCUUUUAAGAAUCGUUUUUUUUUUUUUUGUAUUAGAAGGAUAAUAAAAGCCUUUAAAAAUAAUAUUUAUACUUGUACAAUUUUAUCAACAAAUCACUACACUCGUGAUGUGUAAAUAUCACCAAGAUUAUAUAGAUUUUUCGCAAAAUUAAAUAUAGAUAUUUUAUUGAAACAUAUAUGUCCCAGUACAGUAAUUAGCAUCAAUUGAUUUUAGAUUUUCGAACAAUCUGUAUAUUUUUGACUAAUAUAAAAUAUUUGCUAUUUUCUUCUUUGUAGAUAAUAGCAAAAUAAGUUUUUUUUUGAAGUGGUAAACUCUGUCGAUAUAUUUUAUUUUCUUUAAAUAUUUAUCUAUGAAUAGGUUGUUUAAAAAAAAUAUAGUAAAAGAC